AUGUCGGGAGAAAAGAUUUACGAGGGCGUUUUUGCCGUCCACAAGCCUACUGGUAUCUCCUCGGCCGACGUGCUUCGCGAUCUACAGAAACACUUCAAUCCCUCGGCGCUCUUCAAGCCAUGGAUGGACUCGGAACGCGAGCGACGCAACCGAGAGAGCAACUUUCAGCGCAGACGUCGGCGCUCGCAACGGUUGGACGUCAAGAUCGGACAUGGAGGGACACUCGACCCCAUGGCUACAGGCGUGCUGGUAGCUGGUGUCGGAAAGGGAACCAAAUACCUGCAGAAUUUCCUCGGAUGUACGAAAACCUACGAGACGGUGAUCCUCUUCGGAGCCGAGACAGACACCUACGACCGGAUGGGGAAGAUCGUUCGACGGGGCCCCUACGAGCACGUCACGCGAGAAGCUGUCGAGAAGGCGCUGGAACAGUUCCGCGGCAAGAUCAUGCAGCACCCUCCGAUAUUUUCUGCUCUGAAAGUCCAGGGAAAGAAGCUCUACGAGUAUGCGCGAGAAGGCAAGGAGCCACCCAUUGAGAUCAAGGCGCGACCGGUCGAAGUCACGAACCUGGAGAUCGUUGAGUGGUACGAGCCCGGCACACACGAGUACAAGUGGCCAGAGGAGGAGAUGGUCGGAGAGGAAAGAGCUGUUGCUGAGAGGCUCCUGGCCAAGGACGAUGCCCUGCCCGCUGUUCCGUCUGUCGACGACGUCGAUCUCGAAAAGGGCGAGCAAGGCGCACCUUUGAAAAGGAAGCCCUCUGCCGCAGGUGAAGAAGUCGCUCCGACGACAGAGUCAGCUUCCGAUCCUUCUACCACUGCCGACCCGGCUCCGUCUGCGAAAAAACAAAAGGUGUCAGCCGAGGAGGAGUCUGUCGAGGUGGAAAAGCAGUCCGUACAGAUGGACGAAACCAAAUCGGCCGAACCCGGCGCCGACUCGACUACGGCCAACAGACCCCCUCCCCCCGCAGUCAAGUUGACUAUGACGGUCUCGUCGGGAUUCUACGUCCGUUCUCUCGCGCACGAUCUAGGCAAGGCCCUAGGCACCUGCGGCAUCAUGAGCUCGCUGAUCCGUUCCCGGCAAGCGACCUUUGAGCUCCACCCCGAUAAAGUCCUCGAAUAUGCGGACCUUGAGGCUGGCGAGGACGUCUGGGGUCCCAAGGUUAAGGGAUUCCUUGACGAGUGGGAGAAGAAGAGAGCUGCGGAGGAGGAUGCCAACGAUCAGGCAUAG